AAUGUAAGCUUUGCAACAAGUCAGUAUUUAAGUAGCAUAAGUGAUUGUCAAGUUAAUUAUUCCUGUUGCUAUGAGGAAGUGAACUUUAAACCUAAGAUGUAUUAGAAGGAUCUCCGGGAAACCAUUACACAAACAGAUGGUUUGUUCAAAGUGGAUGUAUGAUCCAAGACAAAGGAGUGAAUACAGCCAGAAAUUUUAAUAGUCCUUAGUAGUUUAGUCAAUUUUCCCAUUUUGGAUGAAUAAAGACAGCUGAUAUACGAAAACAGGUUUUUACUUGAAGCUGUGUGGAAGUUUCUAGACAACAUGAAAGCCGACGACAAACUUCAAAUUCUGAAGUUCUUUCUAAUGCUUUUCAAUUCAGUUUUUGUGAUUCUUGGCAUCAGCAUUUUUGCAUGUUCUGCUUGGAUCUUAUUUGAUAACAACAACUUUAUAAGAGUCAUAAGUUCUGGACAGGAAGUCAAGCUGGUGGCUGGCGGGCUCCUUUUAAUCGGCCUGGUUGUGGUUGGCGUGUCCCUGCUGGGUUGUACUGGUGCCUAUUUAGAGAGCAGAUGUUUAAUUAUAUUUUAUCUGGGUUUCUUAAUUAUCAUCAUACUGGGUCAGAUUUUCAUCACCUUUGUGCUAUUGAUAAGACGAGAUUCGAUCAAGCAAUAUUUGAUCAAGAGUGUGGGUGAUAUCAUUAACAAGUAUGGACAAAAUGUAACACACGAAAUAUCAUGGAGCCUUCUAGACAGCGUGCAGAGUACUGCGAAAUGUUGUGGUUGGUCAAACCCAACUGAAUGGAGGAACAAUACUGUUAUAUCGUCACUGAAUGGGGCAAACAUCUACCCAUGCUCCUGUUUCAACGGUACCUGCCCUUUAAUCAUUGAAACAGCCAGAUUUGGAAACGGUUCAAAUAUCUAUAAAACGGGCUGUGAGAAAGUUCUCGGAGAUUGGCUGGAUACAAAUAUUAUUGUAAUAUUUGGGAUGGAUGCUGGACUUUUGUUGAUUCAGGUGCUGCAGUUUAUCUUUGGAGUUCACACCUACAGAUGCAUCGGAUGCAAAAUGAGAGAGCUUCAUCCGAAUAAACUGCUACAUGCUAUGGAUGAGAGCCCUUCGACAGAGCCUGUCCAAGAGCAGUAUGAAGAUCAAACCAAUAACACACAGAUGAACACUGUGGGUCACAAUAAUGGUGAAUAUAAUCAUGGUGGUUAUGAUAAUGGUGGAUACGAUCACGUUGACUACAAUCAAGGUGGACAUAUUGCUGAUAAUUAUGACCUUCGUAACAAUCAUGAAUUUUAUGAACAGGACAACAAGCAAAGUUACAACAGACCCCACAAUCUGGAGUACCAGCAGGGCUACAGCAGCAGUCAUGAUCAGAGUUAUAUUCAGAGGUAUAAUGGUGAUGACUAUUAAAGCCAGAUUUCUUCUCUUGUGUAAUUUGAUCAGAUCGGGACAGACUAAUUUUACAGCACACUGUAGGCUGUGGUCUACAUUUGACCAAAGACUCUUAAAACCUUCACACUUUUUCAAACAGGUUGGCGCUUGUUCUCAGGAGUAUCGUUUGUCAUUUUAAAACAACCAGCAUCUCUUUUUCAAAGAGUUCAUUGCAUACCAUUCACUUCACUGGUUUUCCAUCAACAACACAUUUCUCAAAGUCACAGUUUAGGAUUUUCACAAUGAAAGACAACAUACUUUUAAUCUAGCAGAUCUCCAUUUAUUUUAAUGCCCCUUUACAAGUUUACAGAUACUGUAUAAUGUAGAUGUGUAAUUAUAUAAAAAUACUGACCUGAAAUUAUAAUUGACAAACACAUACACAAUUAAUCAUUUUGAAACACUGACAUAUGGCACUGACAUUAUUCUUUUAACACAUUAUGUGUCAAGAUGUGUUAAAAGUGUGUGUUGUUUCAAACGAAAUGUGUUUCAAUAAUAACAUGGAGAUGUGUGGAUUCUGAGACAAUGCAUUUAGUGUGUUGUCCCUACAAUAACACUAAUAUGUUGUUUUUAACACGUCCUUUCUAAGAGUGUAGAUAACAAAUUGUCAAACCAAUAUCUGCAGACAUAUCAUGCUGGACAUUAUCUCAGAUAUAGUAUCACAUUUCUGAAUAUUAUCUGUCCACAUAUUUCACAAUGUCUGACAACCAGAAAGUGUCCAAAUACUUUGUGUUAAUUACAGUGCAUUGAAAAUGCGCUGUACUGUUCUUACUGGGCUUUUUAUUAUUAUUAUUAUGUUGGCUUGACAAAGCCAACAUACUGUUCUUCGAUCUAAGCUUAUUAUUAUUAUUAUUAUUAUUCUUCUUCUGUUCAUACUUUUUACCAAUUGUAACUCCUCCUAGAGCUUUCAAGCUACACCCACAAAACUUUACAAAACUUUUAAGACUGGUCCGUAGAUGGGUGCUAUGACUUUUCUAACUGAUGGGACCUACCGAAUUCCUAAACGGGGCGCUCAAACACCCCAAAUUUUCCAUUGACUUAACAUUGCG